GAGAGGAGCAGGUCUAUGGUAAUGAGCCGCCCGCAGCCGCUGCUGCUCUGCAGAGCUCACCGCCGGGGAGGCGAGGCGAGCGCUGGGGGCCCGGUGCCAAAAGGGAGAGCCGGCCGGGGGCGCAAGGAGAGAGUGAGGGUCUCGGAGCUACUGCCAGGGCUCUAGAGAAGGAGUUCCAGGGGCCCCGGGGGGCGAUCUGGAGGCGCAGGUGGGAGAUGGAGUAGCCCUGGGCAGGAUCUGGAGGGGGAGGGGGAAGGCGGAGGUGGGGGUGCACAGGGACAGAUCCCGGGCUGCGGGCGGUGUGGGGGAGCCCCUGGGGGCUCAAUAGGGAGACCCGAAGAUCCAGGCGCAGGGAUCGGGAAUCCUGUGGGAGAACCCCGGAGGUACAGGUGAGAACCGAGGACGCAGGUGGGAGUUUCGGGGGCUCAGAGGCAAAGAUCCGGAGACGCAGGGCAAAGCUCCAAGACAGAGCGGGGUUCGGGAGAGUAAGGGGAGCUUGGAGGCGGCCCUGGGAGCCCCCACUGGGGCUCUGGGCAGGGCUUGAGGUGGGGCUGGGGUGUGGGAGGACUAGGGGUGCCGGAAGGAUUCCGAGCAGUUGCAGGGACUCAGGAGCCGCAGAGGGAAGAUCAGGCCAGAGGUGAGCGAGGAAACUCUAGGGCGCAGGGGAUCCGCUGAGGCCGGGGCCCCUGAGGGAGCGCACACAGGAAGGUCCCGGGAAUCAGGUGCCCCCGGCCCGGGCAUGCGGCGCGGCGGGGCCGGGAGGAGCCGGAGGAGGAGCCGCCGCCGCCGCUGACCCGGCCGGGAGGAGGGAGAGAUGCGGGGCCGGGUCGCCCGCGCCCCCCUCCUGCUGCUGCUGCCGCCGCGGCUGCUGCUAUUGCUACUGCUGCUGUUGCUAUCGCUGGGCCCCGGGAGCUUCGCCCUGGCCCCAUCGCCCUGCCGUUCUCUGGAAGCCCUGGACCUGAGCUCUCCACACCUCUGCAUUCCCCAGCACUGGUUCUGUCCAGCGGGGAAUGAGGGCCACUGGCUACACACAAGCCGCUGCCGGGCCAGGGGACCGGAGCUGACUAGCCGCCUGGUACCCCUGGAGAGGUUUAGGGGCAGGAGGGCCUGGUGCCCAGAGCCUGGGGCUCACAUUCCCCUGCCGCCAGCACCCAGAGGCUGUCCCUGGAGCUGCCGCCUGCUGGGUGCCCGAGGCCACAUCUCCCCACAGGGCAAGCUGACCCUACCCCCAGGGCAUCAGUGCAUCCAGGUACCACAGCUGCAGUGCCAACUCUGCAGGGUGGCAUGGGCUCAGGGCCACUGGGUCGAGAAGUGGAUGGCUGGGGAUCUUCCAGGAAGUCGAAGGAAACGCAAUGUGAACACAGCCCCCCAAUUCCAGUCGCCUGUCUAUCAGGCCACUGUGCCUGAGAACCAGCCUGUGGGCACCCCUGUGGCAUCACUGAGGGCUGUGGACCCAGAUGAGGGUGAAGCAGGGCGGCUAGAGUAUACCAUGGAUGCCCUCUUUGAUAGCAGAUCCAACCAGUUCUUCUCCUUGAACCCAGCCACUGGUGCUGUGACUACUGCUGAGGAACUUGAUCGGGAAACCAAGAGUACUCAUGUCUUCAGGGUUACUGCCCAGGACCAUGGCACACCUCGGCGAAGUGCCCUGGCCACACUGACCAUCACAGUGACCGACACCAAUGACCACAACCCCGUCUUUGAGCAGUCUGAGUACAAGGAGAGUUUGAGGGAAAACCUGGAAGUAGGCUAUGAAGUACUUACGGUUCGAGCCACAGAUGGUGAUGCCCCUCCAAAUGCCAACAUCCUCUAUCGUCUGGUAGAGGGGCCUGGAGGAUCCCCUCCUGAGGUCUUUGAGAUUGAUCCCCGUUCUGGUGUGAUUCGCACCCGGGGCCCCGUGGACCGAGAAACUGUGGAAUCGUACCAACUAACUGUAGAGGCAAGUGACCAGGGUCGGGAUCCUGGGCCCCGGAGUGCCACAGCAGCUGUGUGUCUGUCUGUGGAGGAUGACAACGAUAAUGCCCCCCAGUUUAGUGAGAAGCGCUAUGUGGUCCAGGUGAGGGAAGAUGUGACACCCGGUGCCCCUGUGCUUCGAGUCACAGCCACAGACCGCGACAAGGGCAGCAACGCUCUGGUCCACUAUAGCAUCAUGAGUGGCAAUGCUCGUGGCCAGUUUUACUUGGAUGCUCAGACAGGAGCACUGGAUGUAGUGAGCCCCCUCGACUAUGAGACAGCCAAGGAAUAUACCCUCCGGAUUCGGGCCCAGGAUGGGGGCCGUCCCCCGCUCUCCAAUGUCUCAGGCCUGGUAACAGUGCAAGUCCUAGACAUCAACGACAAUGCCCCCAUAUUCGUCAGCACCCCCUUCCAGGCCACGGUUCUAGAGAGCGUCCCACUGGGGUAUCUGGUCCUCCAUGUCCAGGCCAUUGAUGCGGAUGCAGGGGACAAUGCCCGUUUGGAGUACCGAUUGGCUGGGGUAGGACCCGACUUUCCUUUUACCAUCAAUAAUGGUACAGGGUGGAUAUCUGUGGCUGCUGAGCUGGACCGGGAGGAGGUGGACUUCUACAGUUUUGGAGUGGAGGCAAGGGACCAUGGCACACCACCACUGACAGCCUCUGCCAGCGUCAGCGUAACCAUCCUCGAUGUCAAUGACAACAACCCCACCUUCACUCAGCCGGAGUAUGCCGUGCGCCUGAAUGAGGAUGCAGCCGUGGGUACCAGCGUAGUGACAGUGUCAGCUGUGGACCGAGAUGCUCAUAGUGUCAUCACUUACCAGAUCGCUAGUGGCAAUACUCGAAACCGAUUCUCCAUCACCAGCCAGAGCGGCGGGGGGCUGGUUUCUCUGGCACUGCCCCUCGACUACAAGUUGGAGCGACAGUACGUACUGGCCGUCACCGCUUCAGAUGGCACACGCCAGGACACAGCCCAAGUUGUGGUGAAUGUCACCGAUGCCAACACCCACCGCCCAGUGUUCCAGAGCUCCCACUACACCGUCAACGUCAAUGAGGACAGACCAGCAGGCACCACUGUGGUCCUGAUCAGUGCCACCGAUGAAGACACGGGUGAGAAUGCCCGCAUCACCUAUUUCAUGGAGGAUAGCAUACCCCAGUUCCGCAUUGAUGGAGACACGGGGGCUGUCACUACCCAGGCUGAGCUGGACUAUGAGGACCAGGUUUCCUACACUCUGGCCAUUACUGCCCGGGACAAUGGCAUUCCCCAGAAGUCAGACACCACCUACUUGGAAAUCCUAGUCAAUGAUGUCAACGAUAAUGCCCCCCAGUUUCUGCGUGACUCCUAUCAAGGCAGCAUCUAUGAGGAUGUGCCCCCCUUCACGAGCGUCUUGCAGAUUUCAGCCACGGACCGGGAUUCGGGAUUGAACGGAAGAGUUUUCUACACCUUUCAAGGCGGGGACGAUGGGGAUGGUGACUUCAUAGUCGAGUCCACAUCAGGCAUAGUGCGCACACUUCGGAGGUUAGACAGGGAGAACGUAGCCCAGUACGUCCUACGGGCAUUUGCAGUGGACAAGGGUGUCCCUCCAGCCCGGACCCCAGUGGAGGUGAUGGUGACUGUCCUGGACGUAAAUGACAACCCACCUGUUUUUGAACAAGAUGAGUUUGAUGUGUUUGUGGAAGAGAAUAGCCCUAUUGGCUUGGCUGUGGCCCGAGUCACAGCCACAGACCCAGAUGAGGGCACCAAUGCCCAGAUCAUGUACCAGAUUGUGGAGGGUAACAUCCCUGAGGUCUUCCAGCUAGAUAUCUUUUCAGGGGAGUUAACUGCCUUGGUGGACCUAGACUAUGAGACUCGGGCAGAGUACAUCCUCGUGAUCCAGGCCACCUCGGCCCCACUGGUGAGCCGGGCUACUGUCCACGUCCGUCUCCUUGACCGCAACGACAACCCCCCUGUCCUGGGCAACUUUGAGAUCCUCUUCAACAACUACGUCACCAACCGCUCCAGUAGCUUUCCUGGGGGUGCUAUUGGCCGGGUGCCAGCCCAUGACCCCGAUGUCUCUGACACGUUGAGCUAUAGCUUUGAGCGUGGGAAUGAGCUAAGCUUGGUGCUGCUGAACGCCUCCACGGGGGAACUGAGGCUGAGCAAGGCGCUGGACAACAACCGACCCCUGGAGGCCAUCAUGAGUGUGUCUGUGACAGAUGGCGCACACAGCGUGAGCGCCCAGUGCGUGCUGCGGGUGACCAUCAUCACAGACGAGAUGCUCACGCACAGCAUCACGCUGCGCCUGCAGGACAUGUCUCCAGAGCGCUUCUUGUCCCCGCUGUUGGGACUCUUCAUCCGCGGUGUGGCUGCCACACUAGCCACGCCACCGGACCACGUGGUGGUUUUCAAUGUGCAGCGGGACACAGAUGCGCCGGGCGCGCACAUCCUCAAUGUGAGCUUGUCGGUGGGACGGCCGCCGGGGCCAGGCGGUGGGCCUCCUUUUGUGCCCUCUGAGGACUUGCAGGAGCGCCUCUACCUCAACCGCAGCUUGCUGGCGGCCAUCUCAGCGCAGCGCGUGCUGCCUUUCGAUGACAACAUCUGCUUGAGGGAGCCCUGUGAGAACUACAUGCGCUGCGUGUCUGUGCUACGCUUCGACUCCUCGGCGCCCUUUAUCGCCUCAGCUUCUGUGCUCUUCCGUCCCAUUCACCCUGUCGGGGGCCUCCGCUGCCGCUGCCCGCCAGGCUUCACAGGAGACUACUGCGAGACCGAGGUGGACCUCUGCUACUCCCGGCCCUGUGGCCCUCAUGGGCGCUGCCGCAGCCGUGAAGGCGGUUACACCUGCCUCUGCAGGGAGGGCUUCACUGGGGAGCACUGUGAGGUGAGCGCCCGUUCGGGCCGAUGCGCCCCUGGAGUCUGCAAGAAUGGAGGCACCUGUGUCAACUUGCUGGUCGGGGGCUUCAAGUGCGACUGCCCAUCAGGUGACUAUGAGAAGCCUUACUGCCAAGUGACCACGCGCAGCUUCCCAGCUCGAUCCUUCCUCACCCUCCGAGGUCUUCGGCAGCGCUUCCAUUUCACCUUGGCCCUUACGUUUGCCACAAAGGAGAGGGACGGGCUUCUUCUGUACAAUGGGCGCUUCAAUGAAAAGCACGACUUUGUGGCCCUUGAAGUGAUUCAGGAACAAGUCCAGCUCACUUUCUCUGCAGGGGAAUCAACGACCACCGUGUCCCCAUUCAUCCCCGGAGGGGUCAGUGAUGGCCAGUGGCACACCGUCCAACUGCAGUACUACAAUAAGCCUCUGCUGGGGCGCUCUGGACUCCCACAGGGUCCCUCUGAACUGAAAGUGGCCGUGGUUACGGUGGAUGAUUGUGAUCCCGGCGUGGCACUGCGCUUUGGAGCCGUCCUGGGAAAUUAUUCGUGUGCUGCCCAGGGCACCCAGGCUGGCAGCAAAAAGUCCCUGGAUCUGACAGGCCCCCUGCUGCUGGGAGGCGUCCCUGACCUGCCUGAGAGUUUUCCCAUCCGCACCCGCCACUUUGUGGGCUGUAUGCGAAACCUGCAGGUGGAUAGCCGGCGCGUGGACAUGGCUGACUUCAUUGCCAACAAUGGCACUGUGCCUGGGUGCCCAGCCAAGAAGAAUGUAUGUGACAGCAACACCUGCCACAAUGGGGGCACCUGCGUCAAUCAGUGGGACACGUUCAGCUGCGAGUGCCCCCUGGGCUAUGGGGGCAAGAGUUGUGCCCAGGAGAUGGCGAAUCCUCAGCGCUUCCUGGGUAGGAGCCUAAUGGCCUGGCACGGCUUGGCCCUUCCCAUUACCCAGUCCUGGCACCUCAGCCUCAUGUUCCGUACCCGCCAGGCGGAUGGCGUCCUCCUGCAGGGGAUCACCAGAGGGCACAGCACCAUCACCCUGCAGAUGACGGAGGGCCACGUGAUGCUGAGCGUGGAAGGCACCGGGGUGCAGACGUCCUCUCUUCGGCUGGAGCCGGGCAGGGCCAAUGACGGCGACUGGCACCACGUGCAGCUCGUGCUUGGAGUCAGCGGAGGAGCCCGAGAGCCCGGCCACGCCGUCCUGUCCUUCGACUACGGGCGGCAGCAGGCAGAGGGCAACCUGGGCCCCAGGCUGCACGGGCUGCACCUCACCAACGUCACGGUGGGCGCCGUAGCGGGACCUGGCGGGACCGUGGCCCAGGGCUUCCGGGGCUGCAUGCAGGGCGUGAGAGUGGGGGAGGCCGCGGAUGGUGCCAGCAGCCUGGACCCCAGCAGAGCGGAGCGCGCCAACGUGGAACAGGGCUGCAGCCUCCCGGAUCCCUGUGACUCGAGCCCCUGCCCGCCGAACAGCUACUGCAGCGACGACUGGGACAGCUACUCCUGCAGCUGCGAUCCCGGUUACUACGGCGAUAGCUGUGCCAACGUCUGUACCCUGAACCCCUGCGAGCACCAGUCCGUGUGUACCCGGAAGCCCAGCGCGCCUCACGGCUACACCUGCGAGUGUCCCCACAACUACUUUGGGCCCUACUGUGAGACCAGGAUUGACCAGCCGUGCCCUCGAGGCUGGUGGGGACAUCCCAUGUGUGGCCCGUGCAACUGUGACGUCAGCCAAGGCUUCGACCCCGACUGUAACAAGACCAGCGGAGAAUGCCGUUGCAAGGAGAAUCACUAUCGGCCCCUGGGCAGCCCCGCUUGCCUCCUGUGUGACUGUUACCCCACGGGUUCUCUGUCCCGCGUCUGCGAUCCGGAGGACGGUCAGUGCCCUUGCAAGCCGGGCGUCAUCGGGCGCCAGUGUGACCGCUGCGACAACCCCUUUGCUGAGGUGACGGCCAACGGCUGCGAAGUGAAUUAUGACAGCUGCCCGAGAGCCAUCGAAGCUGGCAUCUGGUGGCCUCGGACCCGAUUUGGGCUGCCUGCCGCAGCACCCUGCCCCAAGGGCUCCUUUGGGACAGCAGUGCGGCACUGUGACGAGCACCGAGGAUGGCUGCCCCCUGACCUCUUCAACUGUACUUCAGUCACCUUCUCGGAGCUGAAGGGCUUUGCUGAACGACUACAGAGGAACGAGUCGGGCUUAGACGCCGGGCGCUCCCAGCGCUUGGCAGUGCUGCUCCGGAAUGCCACCCAGCACACCGCUGGCUACUUUGGCAGUGAUGUCAAAGUGGCCUACCAACUGGCCACCAAACUGCUGGCCCACGAGAGCGUCCAGAGGGGCUUCGGGCUGGCUGCCACCCAGGAUGUGCACUUCACCGAGAAUCUGUUGAGGGUUGGCAGUUCCCUUCUCGAUGUUGGCAACAAGCGUCACUGGGAACUGAUUCAGCAGACGGAGGGCGGCACGGCCUGGUUGCUGCACCACUACGAGGCCUAUGCCAGCGCCCUGGCCCAGAACAUGCGCCACACGUACCUGAGCCCAUUCACCAUCAUCACGCCCAACAUUGUCAUCUCCGUUGUGCGCCUGGACAAGGGGAACUUUGCUGGGGCCAAGCUGCCGCACUAUGAGGCGCUUCGGGGGGAGCGGCCCCCUGAUCUCGAGACAACUGUCAUCCUCCCUGAAUCUGUUUUUAAGCCAACAGAGAGUCAAGACCAUCCUCCGGCAGGUGGGCCGGUGGUGCCGGGUGAGGCCCGGGAGCAAGAGGAGCUGGGGCGGCGGCAGAGGAGACACCCAGAGCUGAGCCAGGGCCAGGCCGUGGCCAGCGUCAUCAUCUAUCGCACCCUGGCCGGGCUGCUGCCCCACAACUAUGACCCUGACAAGCGCAGUCUCCGGGUCCCCAAACGCCCCGUCAUCAACACGCCAGUGGUGAGCAUCAGCGUCCACGACGACGAGGAUCAGCUGCCUCGGGCUCUGGACAAGCCCGUCACCGUGCAGUUCCGGCUGCUGGAGACCGAGGAGCGCUCUAAGCCCAUCUGCGUCUUCUGGAAUCACUCUAUUCUAGUGAGCGGGACGGGCGGCUGGUCAGCCCGAGGCUGCGAGGUGGUCUUCCGGAACGAGAGCCACGUCAGCUGCCAGUGUAACCACAUGACCAGCUUUGCGGUGCUCAUGGACGUGUCCCGCCGGGAGAAUGGGGAGAUCCUGCCCCUGAAGACGGUGACCUAUGCAGCCUUGGGCGUGACGCUGGCUGCCCUGCUCCUCACCUUCCUCUUCCUCGCCUCCCUGCGGGCCCUGCGCUCCAACCAGCAUGGCAUCCGCAGGAACCUGGUGGCGGCGCUUGGCCUGGCCCAGCUCGUCUUCCUGCUGGGGAUCAAUCAGGCUGACCUGCCGUUUGCCUGCACGGUCAUCGCCAUCCUGCUGCACUUCCUGUACCUGUGCGCCUUCUCCUGGGCUCUGCUGGAGGCGCUGCACUUGUACCGGGCGCUCACCGAGGUGCGGGACGUCAACACGGGCCCCAUGCGCUUCUACUACAUGCUGGGCUGGGGCGUGCCCGCCUUCAUCACAGGCCUGGCUGUGGGACUGGACCCUGAGGGCUACGGGAACCCCGACUUCUGCUGGCUGUCCAUCUACGACACGCUCAUCUGGAGCUUCGCCGGCCCUGUGGCCUUCGCCGUCUCGAUGAGCGUCUUCCUGUAUCUUCUGGCAGCCCGCGCCUCGUGUGCCGCCCAGCGCCAGGGCUUCGAGAAGAAGGGCACCGUCUCAGGUCUGCGCUCGGCCUUCGUGGUCUUGCUCCUGCUCAGUGCCACGUGGCUGCUGGCCCUGCUUUCCGUCAACAGCGACGCCCUCCUCUUCCACCAUCUCUUUGCAGCCUGCAACUGCGUCCAGGGCCCCUUCAUCUUCCUGUCCUAUGUAGUGCUCAGCAGGGAGGUCCGGAAGGCACUGAGGUUUGCCUGCAGCCACAAGCCCAGCCCUGACCCUGCCCUGACCACCAAGUCCACUCUGACCUCGUCCUACAACUGCCCCAGCCCCUACGUGGAUGGCCGACUCUACCAGCCCUACGGAGACUCGGCCGGCUCCCUGCACAGCGCCAGCCGCUCGGCCAAGAGUCAGCCCAGCUACAUUCCCUUCCUGCUCAGGGAAGAAUCAAGCCUGAACACUGGACAAGGGCCCACUGCACUGGGGGACCCAGGAGUCCUAUUCCUGGAAGCCCAAGACCCGCAGCAUGGCCCUGACACGGACUCAGACAGUGACCUGUCCCUUGAGGAUGACCAGAGCGGUUCCUACGCAUCCACCCACUCGUCAGACAGCGAGGAGGAAGAGGACGGGGCUUUCCCCGGGGAGCCCGGCUGGGACAGCUUGCUGGGGCCUGGUGCUGAGAGGCUGCCAUUGCAUAGUACCCCAAAGGCUGACAGUGGCCCAGGCCCGGGGAAGGCCCCCUGGCCCAGCGACUUUGUGGCAGCCACCAAGGAGAAUGGAGGAGGCGGCCCCGAGGAGAGAUUCCGGGAAAAUGGAGACGCCGUGUCUCGAGACGGGCCGCUGGGCCCCCUGCCUGGCUGUCCCCCCACGGCCCAGCCCCACAAAGGCAUACUCAAGAAGAAGUGUCUGCCCACCAUCAGCGAGAAAAGCCACCUUCUGCGGCUGCCCCCUGAGCCGGGCACCGGCUCCUCCCGGGGCUCCUCGGCCAGCGAGGGCAGCCGGGCUGGGCCCCUCCCACCUCGCCCCCCUCCACGGCAGACCCUGCAGGAGCAGCUGAAUGGGGUCACACCCAUCGCCAUGAGCAUCAAGGCCGGCACAGUGGACGAGGACUCAUCAGGCUCAGAAUUUCUCUUCUUUAACUUCCUGCAUUAACCCUGGGCCUGUGGCCCCCACGCCCAAGGCUCCCCUCCCUCGACAGCCCCUCUCAUGCCCCAUACGGUGUCUUGUGCUUUCUUCCCUCUUCCUGCCCCACAGCAGUGACGAGACAUCCAUCUGAGGAGCCCCCGGGCAUUGCCGGGAGGAUUGCCCGCUCCCCCGGCCUCUCUUGUGCCAAUCACCCCCUUCAUCUUCCCUUGGCCCCAACACACUUUGGACCUCUGGGGCUGCAGUUCCAAGGAAACGUUUUUUCAGAAAAGAGGAAAAAAAGGAAGAAAAAAAACUGGAAGGAUCUACGCUCUUGUGUCUUCAGGGAUGAAUUUUUUAUACGAUGAAAACUGACUCUAUUCUACCCACAAGAGGAUGGGACCUCCCGGGAUUCUCCCCGACCUCCCCCCAGUUUCCCAUCUGCUGUGCCUCUGGGAGGAGGGGAAGGUCCUGGGGGUGGGGGUGGGCAUGGGAAUUCCCUGCCCCCUUUCUGCCAUCACCAAAAGAAAAGGACAAAGCCACACACUUCCUGCGGGGGACAGCUUGCCUUGCCAGCCCUGGGAAGGCUCUGGUUUGAGGGAAAGGGGACCAGAGAUGCGCCACAUUGCCCCGGGCAGUGUCCUCUCUGGAACUGAAGACCCCUGCUUGGAGGAGGGGGUGUAGAAGGCCCGGCCUCCCUGCCCCCGAUGCUGCAUGAACAAAUGAAAAGGGGAAGGGACCCAGGAGUCUGUGCCCCCAGCUGGGAAUGGUGCCCCUUUCCUUUUCUCUAGGCCUCUGGCAGUGCUCAAGAACCAAGAUUUCUGCUCAGUUUGCUGACCCAAAAGUGCUUUUUUCUUUCUGCCCAAACCGUGCCAGGGAGGGGCCGUUUACAUUGCUCGCCUUUGCUCUGGAGAGGGGCUGGGGGAGGCCUGAAGCCCUGCUGGGCCAGCCCUGGGGUGAGGAGGGCUCUUCGAUCUGGGCAUGUGCCAUUGUUCAGCUCUGGCUCCAUCUUGUCUGCCAUCACCCGCUGUGGCCUCCAAGAUGGGGUCUCGGAAUUGCCUCUCUUCUUCCAAGUCCCAGGAACUAUUCUCCGAUUCUUUCCUCAUCUGCCCUCCCUGCACUGUGCCCUCGUUUCCUGUGAAGAGAGAGAUAAUAUAUAUUCUUUUUAAUUUAUUUGCCUUUUGUGUUGGGAUGGGACCGUGUCUGGCCCCAGAGGAUGUCUGUCACGGAUUUAGUGUUUCUCUAGGCUUUGGCUUGGGGGUCCGGGCUCAGGUGCCCCCUCGGGGAGAAGCCGGCUUCUUGUCAUCUUGCUGGCUGCCGCUCACUGGAGUCAGUUUAUCCUAGGCACACAGACCAAAUCUGAUGUCACCGAUUUUCUCCUGGGGCAGGAGGGCUAGGAAGAGACUCCAGCCUGGGCGAGUUUCCAUUUCUUACUCAGGAGGUGAGGCUAGUGGAUGGUUCUUCCUAUGGCCUUGGAUUACCCGUCUCUUUCCCGGUCCUCUCCUCCCCCUUCCAGUUCCUGCAAAGGGUUAAAACUGCAACUGCUUUUACUACUUGAAGACUUCUAAAAAACACACAAAGAUGCUGGAUUUAGGACUUGUUACUAAUUGUUGGAUUGUACAGUUUGAUUGUCACUGUAAAUAUUCUAGGUUUUUUUGGUUUGUUUGGCCUUCUCCCUCUACUUAAUAAACUAGUUCUGUGCAGGUUUGAGCACUGCCAGCCUGA